CAGGGAUCAUAGAGAUUUGAAAAAAUGUCUGGAAGAGGCAAAACCACCGGCAAAGCUCGCGCCAAGGCAAAGACCCGUUCAUCUCGUGCCGGUCUCCAGUUUCCUGUGGGCCGCGUGCACAGACUACUACGUAAAGGCAACUACGCGGAGCGCGUGGGCGCCGGCGCCCCCGUCUACCUGGCGGCCGUGCUGGAGUAUCUGACCGCCGAGAUCCUCGAGCUGGCUGGAAACGCCGCCCGCGACAACAAGAAGACCCGCAUCAUCCCAAGACACCUGCAGCUGGCCGUCCGCAACGACGAGGAGCUCAACAAGCUGCUGGGCGGAGUCACCAUCGCUCAGGGCGGCGUGCUGCCCAACAUCCAGGCCGUGCUGCUGCCCAAGAAGACCGACAAGCCGGCCAAGGCCAAGUAGAUCCACAGCCAAACCAACACACACAAAGGCUCUUUUAAGAGCCACACACUUUUUCAAGAGAGUCUCCUGCUGUUUUUCAGCUGUAUAUCAUUUAACCGCCCCCAAAUAGUGUCCAAAUUAUUUGAUGAGUG